AGAAACUGUGUGUAAAUACAAUAAUUAUUUCUUAAAAUGCACAUAAUUUGCGAAAGAAUAUAGCAAUGCGUCAUCAGUGCAGCUAUUACUCUACAGUUCACUGAUAAUACGCCGUUGGCAACACCAUCGUACUGUCCGAUUAAACUUCAAGUUUACACUAUGUCAGCUGUUGCUAAUGUUAAAAAAUUCACAGAUGGAAUUUUUGAAUAAAGGCUCCUGAUUUCCAUUUCAUAAGAAUUCGUUCUGAACAUGGAAUGUACAGAAGAGGUAGAGGCAGCUGCAGUAUGUGCUGAAAUGAAAGACACUGAAGAACCAAUAUUAGCGUAUCCCCACCAUCAACCACCUGAAGAAAUAGAACAGAUUUUCAUUAAAGAGGAGAAUCAAUUGGAAACUCCUGAAGAUCCUGACACGUGUGACCCACUAGAGUUGGAGAGAGAUGAGGUUGUGUCGGAGGAAGAAACCAUUUCUCCACCUGACGCAUCACACAUAAAAAAAGAACCUGAGCUCCAGAAUGAUGUGGAGUCGACAAGCUAUGGCAGUGCACCAGAAAGUAUUGUCUUCGCCGGUGCAGAGGACGACAACAGAACUGAUGGCGGUGGCAGUUCAGUUAGUGGAGUGGACCUACGUACAGGAGUGGGCACCACACAAUGCACCACACUGCAGGAAGCACGCCGUGAGCGUAAUGGUGGUACACGUCAUCUUGUGCAGAGCUGCACGGCCUUCAAGAAGACAUUUGCACGUGCGAAGGACAUGAAGGAGCACAAAAACAUGGACCGACGCGAAUUUCCGCAUUCGUGCAGCGUUUGUCACAAAACAUUCACAAGUAGCUUCAACCUGAAGACUCACUCCCGUUUGCACUCUGGUGAACGCCCAUAUAGUUGCGAUGUGUGUCAGAAGACCUUCACAACCAGCAGCAACCUGAAGUCGCACUCGCGCUUACACUCUGGUGAACGUCCCUAUAGUUGUGAAGUGUGUCACAAGACCUUCAAGCAUCAAGGCACUUUGUUAAGUCAUUCGUUAGUACACACAGGUGAACGGCCAUAUAUUUGUAAUGUGUGUCAGAAGACAUUCAAAAGGAGCACUUACCUGAAGCAACACCUGCGUGAGCACACAGGUGAUCGUCCGUACGUCUGUGGUGUGUGUGACAAGACGUUCAUUAGUCAGAGCAUACUGAAGAAACAUUCCCGAGUGCACACUGGCUUACGCCCAUUCACUUGUGACACGUGCCUCAAAACAUUCACAGAAAAAUGGCACCUUAAAAGCCACUUGGAGCAGCACGCAGGGGGAAGAACCUACAGUUGCAGCAUUUGUGAAAAGAAAUUCUCGUCUUCCAAUAGCUUAAACAACCACGUACGUUUACACAGUAGUGAACGUCCGUACAGUUGCGGCAUUUGCCACAAGGCAUUCAAGUGCAGAUCAACAUUGAAGAGUCACUUGCGAGUGCACAGUGGCGAUCGUCCUUACAAUUGUGACAUCUGCCAUAAGACAUUCACCCAAAGUUCGAGCCUGGCACGACACUUGCAGCUGCACUCAGCUAAUGCCCAUCAGGCUGUGACGUGUAAUGGAAGAGGUUAAAAAUCACAUAUAGGGCACCUCUUACGAAAUACCACAUCUAUUAUGAAAGACGAUGAAGCUGUAACAGUUCUUGCUGCUACCUGCUGCACCUGACCAACACCACCACGAAGCCAGUGUCGCUGCAAGUUUGCAGCAUUCGUUGCUAACUGCAUAACCUACGAGAACACAAUUCCUGUUAGUGUGUGUGAUGUGCAUUUUUGUAGCUGAACUAGUGAUCAGUAUGAAAAUAAAGUCCUUCUAACAGAUGUACCAUAAA